GCCGGCGGCCGGGCGGAUGUGCGGGGUUAAAGGUCACCCGUUCCCCCCCGCGGCUGCUCCUGUGACCGAGGCGCCUGCGGACGGAGAUGUCAGGCAGCAGAGGGCCCGCGGCCCUGCGGUGCUGGGAGCGUUUCGGGUCCGGGAGCCCCCGCGGCUGCACCGUAGCCCCUGACGGGAGCUUGUGCUGGGAGGCUGGGGGCGGGCCCGGGCGAGGCCUGCGAACUGCUCUCACGGCUGUGUUCCUGCCCCACGGCUUCCCCGACAGUGUCAGCCCGGACUACCUGCCCUACCAGCUGUGGGACACAGUACAGGCUUUUGCCUCCAGCCUCACAGGCUCCUUGGCGACCCAAGCCGUCCUUCAGGGGGUUGGGGUGGGGGAUGCAGCUGCUUCUGUCUCAGCUGCCACCAUCACUUGGCUCUUAAAAGAUGGAACUGGCAUGCUGGGGCGAAUUGGUUUUGCCUGGUUGAUGGGGAGCAAACUGGAUUGUGAUGCCAAGAAAUGGAGGCUCUUCGCUGAUGUUCUCAAUGAUGCAGCCAUGUUCCUAGAGAUUGUGGCCCCAGCAUUCCCAUCCUGCUUUACUCUCAUUGUUUGUGUCAGCAGCUUGGCCAAGUGCAUUGUGGGAGUAGCAGGGGGAGCCACACGGGCAGCACUGACCAUGCACCAGGCCAGGAGAGACAACAUGGCUGAUGUUUCUGCCAAAGAUGGAAGCCAAGAAACUCUAGUGAAUUUGGCAGGGCUGCUGGUCAGUCUUUUACUUCUUCCUCUUGUAUCUGAACGGCCAAGACUCAGUCUUGCUGCCUUCUUCCUUUUCACCGCCCUUCAUCUCUAUGCCAACUACCGAGCAGUUCGAGCUGUCAUCAUGGAAACAUUCAAUGAAACUCGACUUUACCUUGUCCUAAAGCACUUCAUUCAAUGGGGAGAGGUCUUAACACCUCCUUCAGCCAAUCGUAUGGAACCACUGUGGACAGGUUGCCUCCCUGCCCUGUCACUGUCCCUGGGUGUAGCCUUGCACAGCCUAGUCUCGAGUGCCUUUGAACUACAGCAGGUGAGUGAGGGACAUCAACAACCCUACCUCCUGCGCUGGAACCAGUGCCGAGGCAAGAUACAGGUGACUCUGGGCCAGGAAGCAAGUGCUGGGGUCAUUCUGAGGGCAGCAACACAUGGACUUUUGCUGGCAGCAUUGUUGGAGGAUGUACCCCUUACAGAGGAGCUGGAGACCCUGAGGGGCCAAAUCAGAGCAGCCCCUGAAGGAGACAGUUGGACCAUUGUCAAGGAAACUUACCAGAUCCUUGAUAAAUUGUACCCCAAGUUCUUAAAAGAGUUACAAGCUGUGGGCUGGGAGACAGAGCACCAUCUGUUGGAGGUGGAUGAGUGGCGAGCUGCAUGGCCCCUUCGGGAGAAGAAGAUUUUGUGAGUGCUGCUGCCAUCACCUGGGCCUAGGCCAGAUAGGGACCAGGAAUGCUCUGAAAUCGGAUCAAAGGAAUAAGGAUUCCACAGAAAAUGAGCUGCUCUCAGUGGGAAAACUUUCUCCCUUGGCUGUUCCUUCUCCAUUUUCUCUGGGUGGGAGAGCCUUCUCUAUGCUACCUUUUUAUAAAUGACGUUGGACUCUC